AUUUGCAGCGGGAAAAACGGGGCUUUACGAUCCUAAUUUUUUCGAUUUGGAAAGACAUACGUUUCCGAGUAGGGAAAUAUUUGCUUGUUCAGAGUUAUGCAAUGCCUGAUCAGUCAUUACUAUCGCCAAGAAAGGAUGAAAAAUGUGUCGCAUAAUAAAUAAAUGGCCCUCUGAAAUAAAAAAGGAAUAGCUUCGGUUUAGGGAAAUCGAAAGAAAAAAGAAAACAAAAAAGAGCUAAGAAGUUUUUUUUUCCUGGUAAUGAACAGAUUUGGCUUUCCUUUCCCGCCACAGAAGACGAUUGGAUCCCAACUAUACCCCUACUGCGUACAAAGGUGCACUGUUUGCGCGCCACAGUACAAACAAAGUGAAGGUUUCUGUAUUCAGUUGUAUUGUAGUGCGAUUAAUGUAAGUUAUACAACUUAAGCCGUCAUGUAGGAUAUGAUGAGGAUCACUAGCCAGCUGCUCAGGUCUCGGACUUCGCAACCACUGCAUUCAGUUGAAUAUCUGGACCUCUCAAACCUUGGGUUAGUGUCUCUGGAAAGACUGGAAUUAUGCCCAAAGUUACAGACGGCGAUUGUUCGUGGAAAUAAGAUUGAAUCUGUGCCCGAUUUGCGAUGUUGUCCGCAGCUGUGGAAAAUUGACCUCGCUAACAACGUGGUAAGAAGCUUGGAAGGUUUGACUUCAGUUGCGGCAUUUGGAACACUGAUUCUUGCCAACAAUGAUCUUGAUUGGAAUGAGUUACAAAAGAUAAGACAUGUCCACGUCCUGGACCUCUGUCUCCAUGGCAACCACAAGCUUGAGAUGGAUGCUUAUUAUAGAAUGCAUGUUAUCAAUAGCCUUCCUUUGGUUUGGAUGCUUGAUGGACGUAUUAUAACCUCUGCAGAGCGUGCACAAGUGGAGCAGUUUUUUAAAGAUUCUGCAUUGUCCGACAGGCCUGUGCGACACAAGCUGCCCAAAAACCAGUUUGUUCCGUCAGCUUUAAAAAACAUUGCUGUGACUGGCGUUUUUGGACAAAAGAGGGAACACUUGAUGAGAAGAUUUCCUUUAAAGGAAAAACUGAAUGUUGAUCUGGACAAGCGACGACUCUUGUACCUUGCCUACUGUCUUCAGCAGGAAGUCAACCUUUACAUGAAAAACACCAUGAAAGGCAAAAUGAAGCCAUCACUACUGAUAGAAAACUUGAUAAACUACAGAAAUGAAGACAAAGAAAGGUGCAACAUGCUACUACUGAUGUUAGUGGCAUCUUUGGAAUUUGCUAUUCCUUCAUUGCUGGUUCAGCAAACUCUUGAUAUUGCAAGACUUCGAAAAAUAAGAAAUGUAGAUACUAUGGAUGUGUUCAUGUUACCUCCCGACAUCAGAUGCCGCGUGAUUUCCUUGCUUCUUGGUGCAGUGAAGAUAGAACGAGAUCAGCACAUUGAUGGUGGUUUGUACAACAGACUAUACUUGUGUCUUUAUGAUCUUGUGGCUGAUCUGGUGAGACUUGCCAAUGGAGACAGUGUAUCCAAAUAUCAAGCAACAAGGAAAAGGAUGGACUCUAGGAAAUCUGGCUACAGAUGUUUGUUGGCAUCAGAAGUAGUUCAGCUGCUGUGCAUUGUACCUGUUUUCUUUGACUUUAUUGGAAAAGACCCUGGCAUUCUGGACCUAAUAAUUAUAGCUACUAAAGAUUCUACGAUUGGUGAAAAGAUCAAAGCAUUGACCUGGAAGGUUCAGUCUGAAGGGGGAGGAAAGAACAAGGUGUCCAGAGAAAUUGCUGAAUAUCUUCUUGAAUGUGUAAAGGAUGCUAAUCCAAUGUCAUCAGGUCAAUUCAAUUCUAAAAUAAUAAUUAAAAAUACUGCUAACGUUAUUAUGGCACUGAACAGAUCUACUGAUACAGUCUUACAGAAAAUGGGUCAUACAUUUGGUCGCCUAGCAGCCAUUCCUGAGUUCAACAUGGGCUUGAUUCAGUUAGACACGGUGGCAGCACCAAAGUUCCAGCAGGCAGACUAUCCCAUCGGCCACCUGGAUCAGCAGUUCACUUACGUUGAUUUUGCGGAUAUCAAGUGGGACCCUGCAUCAGAGACAUGGAAGCAACAGUCUUAUUCAAAGGAAUUCCAAGAGGUCAGAAGUCGUAAAGGAUCCAGGAGUGCACCUAUUGACACAAGGAGUGGCAGGGGACCUGCUCAAUUUCUAUCUGAUGCUAUCAGGCAGAAUCUUCAACUCAGAGUUGAUCUCCCAGGAGCCUACAGUAGCAAUGCUACACCAUAUCAAGGGGAACCUUUAACAACAGGGGAGACUGUCAUAACAGAUCAUGUGAGAUCAAUUGUUCGUGAGUGCUUGCAAGAAGCAGAUGUGCAGUGGAUAAGUUCCCAGGAGUCUGAUAUCAAUGGCAAUUAUUAUGAAAAAGGAUACAAGGAAGAUGAACAGGCCUUGGAUGAACGGGAUGAUCAGGCAAGCCCAGUUGUUAUCUCUGAGGUUACAGCUAAUGCUGACUCUGAAUCUACUAAAGAUGGCGAACUUGUGGAAGAAGACAUUGAGACUAACAUCAGAGAAAUGGAAGAGGAAGCACCUCUCAUGGAGGGUAGUCUUGAUGAAGAUGAGCACUCGUUAGAUGACCUUGAUUCAGAAAGUGGUCAGUACUUUGCUGUUGAAUCUGGAGGCCUACAAGAGAUGAUGUCCUUCACAGAACAUGCAAGAAUAAAUGCUUGGAAGACACCAGAAGUUAUCAAAAAGGCUGGCAACAGUGGAAUACCUUCUAGGGUGGGGAGUGCCACAACAAGGGUAAAUGCAGCCUCCCCACCCCCACAGCGACCUUCUUCACCCACCCACCCUGGUACAGUUCCAUUCAGACAGGCAGAUGGAUGGCUAGCUGGAGGUCGGGAUGUAAGCAGUUCAUCUGUGAAGCGUGCAUUUGUUCCACUCCCAGGGUGGAUGGAAGGUUUAGACGGAAGAAGACCCAAGUCUUCUCCAGCUCUGAGGGGGCCCAGGCAAACAUCAAGUCCAGUUACAUCCAAGACCAUGUUGACAAGACCCACAACAGGUCGACCGUUGGGAGGUGCCCAGCGGGUUUUUAUAAGAGGUUCAUCUCCUCCCAUGUAUGGAUUUCAACCAACACGAGUAAGUACAUUUUCAAUUCUGCAACUCAUAGAAAUAUCAUGUCAAGGGGCAGUGAGGGCUCUUUUGGUAGUUUCCACAGAUAUGGCAAUUGUACACAGCAAGGUCUAAAUCUUUUUAAAAUAACCAGUAAUAGGAAAUUUUUUGUCCAACUCACUAGAUACAAAGUAAAAUACAGUAAUUCCUGUUAAUUGGAACACAGCUACAAAUUAGCUCUUUUCAUGGUUAUUUUUCUUAUUUGCACCACUAUGUAAUCUAACAUCAGUGAGAAGCAGUUUUGCAGUUUCUGCUCGUAAUUGCCAUGCAUCCAUGUUAAAUAAUUUACAUUAUAUUGCAAAAAAAGAAAACUGAACUGUGAAAAGGACUACUGUAAAUCCUAGAAUUAGUGCCUCCCCUCAAAU